AUGGCAAGGGGACCGAUUGUUGAGGGUUCCACCACUGGAAAGCUUAGCCUUUACAUUUUCAUAGUAGAGCAAAAGCAUCGACACGAGGGUUGGCAUUCUGAUCUCUGCUUCAAAGAUAUUUUGGAGGUGAAACCGCACUCUACUUCUCUUCGUAGUCUUCCAACCAUCUCUCACGCAAACAGUAUCGAUCUAUUGCUCGUUCACUGCCCGCUCCCUCCCCACUGUGUCCCUCGCCCUUCGCGAUCCAGCGAGCUUCUCAGCAGCCCACCAACGGGCAAGAAAGCUACACCAGUCACACUUUCUCUUCAUAUUUUCCCGAAAAAACCUUCCUCAUCGACAUCCAGCAUCAAGUCAACUUUCCAACCACCACUCAGGUCCUUAACCUUUUGA